ACACGGAUCCGUGGCCAGUGUCAGUGUGCCCAUUCUCCAUACGGACACCGCCGCCUUAGGUCUGCCCGUUCGCUGCCGCCGUCGUCUCAUCAUUCAUCGACGCUCUGCGCGUGCGUCCCGGUUCCAUACGACUUUAGGGACGUUCAGACCGGAGUCCAGUGGUCGCAGUUGGUAGUUGUGUCCGCGCACACGCUCGCUCGACUUCCUCCAUCGUUGUUGCCCCUCGUUUAAUUCGUUCACUCGACGGGGGCGGUUUUCAGUACGUCCCGUCGUCGUGUUCGCUGACGACAGUGGCAACUACCCCCCCCCUCCCCUCACCGAGAUCAAUCAUCACUAUCAUCUGUUUACCCUUACUCGUUACCUGAACGACACCACGAGAGCGAGUGGACUACUUGUUCUUGAUUUGAAAAAUUCAUAUUGCUUGUUGCUGACGGUACUCGUCUUACAGACAUCUUUAAUUAUCUCUACAAGUCAUGGAUGAAGAUAUGGACUGCCCACACAUUGUCGACGCAGCCGAAAAGCUGAAGUUGGAUGUGGAACAGAUUAGAGCUACACUCAACAACAGGAGUUGCAAUGUUUGCUUACGAGUAGAUCAACUAUGGAUGUGUAUGGAAUGUCGACAAAUUCUUUGUGGACAUAAUGCCGCAGGACACAGUACUGCACAUUAUGAGUUCCACCAAACUCAUUGCAUAUUUAUAAAUGUAGAAUCUGCUGCUAUAUUCUGUUUCAAGUGUAAUUCUGAUAUAGAACCAAAAAACCACGAUGAUGAAUUGAACCGUCUUCGACAAUUUAUUUUGUAUAAUCGUGGACCUAGUGCAAAUAAUAGUGGACCAAGUGCAAAUAAUACUAACAAAAAGAGAAGACGAAGAAAAGCACCUAAAGCUGCUAAACCAAAAAAGAAUAGUCUUAAACGAGGUCCUAGAGCUAAUAAAAAAGUCUGUAUACCUAAUAAUGAAAAUGACUGUUUCAUGAAUACAGUUUCCCAGGCUCUUAGUGAACAAGAACCUCAAACUGUUAUACCAAACACAGUUAACGAUUCAAAAAAACCACUUAAAGCUAUUGUACCAAAAAAAGCACUCAAAGCUAAACCUAAAAAACCAUUCUUUAAGAGAGGUCCUAGAACUAAUAAAAAAGUUGGUAUAUCUAAUAGUGGAAACAAUUGCUUUAUGAAUGCAGUUUGGCAAUCGCUUCGCCAUCUAAAACCAUUUAUAUAUUGUAUGAAAUUGUUCAAACUUGCUGAAAUAUGCCAUCAAAAUAACAAUAAUAGUUCAGAUCCAAGGUUACAACAUUGUAUAGCCCAAGAAUUAUGGAAAUUAUUGAUGACAUUAGUUGAAUGGCAAAAACCGGCAAGCUAUAAAAUUAGAGAAGCAAUUUCACCAACAGCUCUUCUCUCUAUUGUCUGCAAAAUUAAACCUCGCUACAAAGGAUUUCAUCAACAUGAUGCUCAUGAAUUUUUGAUGUUUACAUUGGAUACUUUACAUUCCGAGCUGAAAGAUGAAAAAAGUAAAUUGUUGUUAGAGGAGGGAAUAACAAAUGAAAAUCCUAAUAAAAUUGAUACACUUGUGUCCAUGAUGUUUCGUGGGUUUUUAUUAAGUGAGGUGUGCUGUUUAAAUUGUAAUACACCUUCUAGAACAAGAGAUCCAAUCACAGAUAUUUCUCUAGAUGUUCCAGAUUAUAAAAAUGCUGACCCAUCUGUAACUCGACCGGUUGAUCUUUUAACUGAUUGUUUGGCACGUUAUUUUGAAAUAGAAGAACUAAAUGAAAAAAACUUUUACUACUGUGACAAGUGUGAAAGCCAACAAAGAUCCACUAAAAGAUUUUGGAUUAAUGCUUUGCCUAAUGUGUUUUGUCUCCAUCUUAAACGGUUUAGAUGGGAAGAAACUUAUCGUACUAAAGUCCAUACACAUAUUAAAUUUCCUAUGGAAUCAUUAGACAUGUCUCAAUAUUUGGAUAAUGAAAUGAAAAAAGUAUUGGUUAAUGAAGUUACAUACUUGUUUGAUUUAGUUGCAGUUGUUGUACAUGAUGGAGAAGGAGGAGGAUCUGGGCAUUAUACUUCUUAUGCUUUAGAUGAAAAAGAAGAUCAAUGGUAUGAAUAUAAUGAUGAAAAAGUACACGAAGUUGAUGCAUCUUUGGUAGAAAAUGUGCAAGCGUAUAUGUUAUUUUACAUUAAAAGGGAAAUGAGAAUUAACUUUACUGAUAAAUAACUUAAUUGGACCACUACUUGAAUGAUCAAUUGAUCAGCUGCAAUUUGAGUAUCAACAUUUUAUUCAUCCUAAUUAUAAUAUCCUUUGAUGGCAUAUAAAAGAAUAUCUAUUUAAAAAUAAUUUAAACAGUAUUCUUAUUAUUGUAUGUGUUUUUAUGCUUAAAAUGUCAUCGCUACGUGAAUAUUUACUUUCUUAUUAUUAUUUUUUUUCUAAUAAUAAGGUUUUUUUUAUAUACAAAUAGUGCUUUAAAUUAUAUAUUAACUGAGUUUUUGGCAUUUAAAUAACUAUAGUUAAAUUUUAAUAUUAGAGUUCAUGUGUAAAUCAUAUAUUGGUGGCUGGGUUAACUAUUUAAUCAUGAUCUCUGGUUUUAUUGAUCAAUAUAAUAUGAAUUAUAAUUGAAGUUCAAGAAAUAACUACAAUCUAAUAUUUAAAAUUUUGAUUAAAAAAAAUGAAUUUGAGUAACAUAAUUAGACAAUUAAUUUUUAUUUCACCUUUUAAUGCUUCAAAAUUUUAAGACUAAUUAAUAAAAUAACUUGAAGAGUAAAUAAAUGUUAAGUUUUUAUUUGUUAUUUUACACUGCCAAUUUUUUUUUUAAUUAUAUAUAUAUUUUUUUUUUUAAUUAAUUAAUUUUUGCUACGACCAAUGAAUAUUAUUUGUUGAAAAACAUUCCCAAAGUUUAUUUAUAUUUUUAUUACUAUAACCAAUAAGAAUAACUGAAUUAUUGUUUUUACCGUUUAAGUGUUUUUACGGUAUGGUAAUGGGUAUAAUUCCAUAAUGACCAUAAUAUUAAGUAUAAACAGCAUCAUAUGAUUAUUUAUUAAAUUAGAAAAUAAUGUAUUCUUUGAUUAAUUUAGUACAAUCAAUAUAAGUUUGUAAUGAAUAAUAUUUUGUUCAUGUUGGGAUGCAAUUAAUUACAAGUUGAUAAAACUGUAUUUGUUAUAUUGGCAAUGAUGGAUUUAAGAUAAUUAAAUCAGGAAUUUGGAUAGUUUUUUUUCUAAAAUUUGAAUAAUUUCUGUGUUAUUAUUAAUAAUUAAUCAAUUGUUUAUUCUUAAUUUGCCUAUUUUAUAAACCUAUAAUUGUUAAAAUGUAUGUAUGAAAAAAAAUAUUAUUGAAAUACUUUACUAAUUUGAUGUUAAAUGGAUAAUUUAAAACAACCAAUAAUACUAAAAAAUACUAGUUUUUGAUUGCAUUAUAAAAUACAAAAAUAUAUACACAUAUAUUAUAUGUAUACAUAUAAAUAACACAAAUCAAGGAUAGAUAAAUUUAAAAAAUAACAAAUAUUAUCUAUAUAAUAUUUAAUAUUAGUAAUAAGUUAUUUUCAGAAACUAUAUAUGCUAAUAACAAUAAUAACUAUCAAUCAUUUUUAUUUAUUUCAUUAUUUUUCAAUAAUCAUGUUCCUAUUUUAAGGAAUUAAAAUAUAUAUUUAUUAUUGAGUAAUUAUAAUAUUAAUUUUUGUCAUACGUUACUUAUUAUAUACAUAUAAUUAUUGGUGAAUUUUAUUUUUAAAUCAUAACUAUUUUAAUGGUCUUUAAAUAAAACAAGUAGAACAGUAGUGUAGUAUUUUUGUGAUUUUUUGACAAAUAUUAAUAAUUAACAAAUGCAUUUAAAUAAUGUAUUAUAUUAGAAAAUUAUUAUGUUAUUAUUAUUUUUUUUAACCAGACAGGUUUGUUCAUUGGGUGAAUUAAUUAUUUUAUGCAUACAAUCUUAAAAUAUGUUCUUAUUAUACAAUUAUAUAUUUAGCAAAUGUGAGUUUUUUUUAAAAUUUGUUAUCUGUAUAAUGUAUUUUCAAAUAUGGAUUUGUGGUUUUAAUAGCUGUUAAAAGUUUAUCUGAAUGUAUGCUUAAUAUAUGUUUAUUAUUAAGUUAAAUUUUAAAUAACUCAAUUAUAAAAUAAUUUUAAGGUGUACUUAGCUAUAAUUUUUCCUUUUACAAUUAUUGUGAAAAUUUCAUAAUCUGUGUUUAGAUACAUAAAUAUGUAUUACAAUUCAGUUUUAAAUAAUUAAAGGCAUAAUCCAAUAAUUUGAUAUUCUUGUUUAUUCAAACAGAAGAGCUUAAAAGCAAUUUAUUGAGAUUGUUAACAAACAUAAAGAAACAGUUCUUUUUUAUAUUAAAUGUUUAACAAAACUUUUGUUUUGAAAAUAAAAAUUGAUAAAUCUGGUUAUUGAAUUGAGCCUUUAUUUAUUUAAAUACAGUAGAACUUUAACAACGGAAAAAUUAAAAUAACUUGUAAUGAUUGUAAAACAAGCAUUUCCUUAAUAUCUCAUUAAUUUAAAAUUACUUCAUACUUCGUUAUAAUAAUUUUUUUAUCCUCAAAUACAAAUUAUCAAAGUUCUACUGUAUUUUGAAAAAUAAGAUUAUUUUUAUUUAUCAAGUACAUUUUGUUAUUAAUUAACUUAUAUUUAACUAUGUUAAGGCUAUUAUAUUUUAAAAGUUAGAGAAGGCUUUGCAGUAUAAUAGUACUACUUAUCAAUUAGUUUUGGAAACAAUAACGUAUUAAUUAACUAAAUUACUAGAAUGUUUCUUUUUAAAAAAUUGAGUGUUAUCCAAAAAUAAGAAUGUUUAACAUACAUAUUAAAAGAAAAAUAUUACACUGAAAAUUGCAUACCUAUAACUUUUAGAACAUUUUAAUAAUUAAAUAAAAUUAUACAUUAAAAUUUGUUUGAAAAUAAAAUAAUUUGGUGUGCAAUUUGAAGUCUUUAUUGUAAGUUAAGUGUUUAGGAUAACACUUAUAAAUCUUAAAAUGUUGACUAUGUAAUUUUGAACAAACGUGUCCUAAUUUUUAAAUAUAUUUAAUGAUAUGUUGUCUUCAUUUUCUCACUCCCUGAUAAUUAUUGCUAACAUGAAGCUAAUUUUGUUAUGUGAUUGACAAAAAUUGCUCAUGCGCUAUUGUAUUUUCACCCAUCUAUUAGCGAUAUUUGUAUUAUUUCUUAUUAAUAGAAAUUUUUUUAUUUUGUGCUCUUUAAGUACUUUGAUUUUGGACUUGUUCUUUUAAAAUAAAAUUUUAUUUCUGGAUCCUUUCACUUGACAACAUCGGUAGUCACAAUUGGCGUCUGUUGGAUCUAAACUAUUAAAGUGUUAUUUAUCAAUGAAGUGUCUUCCUCGUUGCUACCUACCGCCAUGCGCUCGAUUUAAUUUGCUUGGUGGCAGAACUGAGUUGUAACUGGCUUAACUUUUGUUCAUAUUCCUGUCGAAUAGAGAUUCUUUGUUUGUUCUGUAUGCGUACAUGACAAUUAAUAAGUUUAUAAUUUUACGUGGAACUUCUUUACUAACGCACGAAUCGCAGUUUUCGGUAUAUAAUUAUCUAUACCUCCAUCGAUUAUGUGUAUGGAAUCUUCCUAUGAAUCAUAUUCGUGGGUAGCAAUAACACAUUUUUUUGAUAUUAUUAGUUUUUUACUUAUAUUUAUUGUCUCAGCGCGUUCGAGCCUCUACGAACGUAACGACGCCCUAUAUUUCAUCUUCGUCGGAGUUCUACCUUCGAAUUCGGCGUAGUAAACAGUACCACUGUUGGUUAUCGUUUAAUUCAAUAUUUAUUUGUACCUCCGCCGACCACUACGGACGAGACAUUUUGCGCAUAUUACCUCCGUUGGUUUCUCGUGAAUCUACCCCCGUUCGGGUUGGUUCAGUUGUUGAGUUCGUAAGCGGCGUUCGCAUCACAUUUUUUGUACCUCCGCCAGACAAGAAACGUUCAGCGCUUAUGAACGUUUCUUCUACCUCCGUAGGUGUUCUUCCCGUAUCUACAUCCGAUAUUUGACGGAUUUGUGUGCAGUGGAUCCCACGUCUCCGCCAAGCAUAUUGUGCUCGGAGGGAUUGAAAACUAUUUUGAUUUUAAUUUUUAUACGUAUUAUUAGGAAAUAAUCAAAUAUACUGUACCUACGUGUUAUUUGAUUAAACCAUUAUAGUCGAGUAUGUAAAUGACCAAAAGUGGAGGUACAUAUUACAUAUUAUGCGACAUAUGUAUAAACUAAAUCGAUAAUCAAUCUCCCCUAAACGUUAUCUCGGUAUUUUUAUUUACCCAGGACCACAGAUUAGACGAAUUUCUAUGAUGACCGAGCUAUUGAAUUUUUAUUUGACAUCAUUGAAUGAAUGACCAAAUAAAUGUCAUUACUCCCUCACACUGGUUAUCGUCCGAAUAUGGAUUCCCGCUUGAAGUAUAUAAGCGUUAUAUACUUUUCACGCGACCGAACUUGAUUUAAAGUGAUAUAAUAUACUGCAGUUCACUCGCUCCCAUUCGAUUGAGAAUUGCCUCUUUGAACAGACUUCUAGUCUUCCUUUUUCGUUUGUUGAGUUGUGCACCAUUUAGCUGUUUUUCUCGUGUAGUGCACAUUAUUUUUUUCCUAGUACCUAUUUUGUCUUUCAUGUGUGUACGAGUAUAUUAUAAUAUAAUAUGUAACUAUAUUAUACUGUAAAUGUACUUGAACUUAAUUAUUAUAUCAUAUCUAAUUUAUAAUUGUGCUGUGCAGGUAUCGUUGUACAUAUUUUUGUACCUCAGGCCUAAGCCUGUUAAAUAUUCUAAAUUAAUACCUUAAACGAAAUUUUUUGUGUACUUAUACUCGCUUUAGAAUGUAUUAAGAUUAACGAGAGACUGUAUUUAAAUAUUACGAUAAAUUGUAUAAUAGCGUUGACAUAUUGUAUAUUUUUUAAUAAUUACAAAACAAAGUCAUAGUUAGGGAUAUAUUAUAUAAUUAUUGAAAUACAAAUAAUGUUGUUAAAUAUUGAAUACUUUAAUUUUAAUAAAUAUAUUGUCAAAACGAAUUUAAAAUUUCGUGAUAUAUUUUUCUCUAUUGUUGCUGAAAUGUAUACUACGUAUGUAUAAUAUACCUAUUAUGAUAUAAUAUUGUAUAAUUUGUAUAUGUAACAUCUAUCAAACUAAUAAACAAAUAUUAUCUAUAUUU